UUUUUAGUGCCCAUAUGUAACCCUAAUAUAUCUUUGUUCAUGCGAACCUAAUUCGAGGUUGGGAUUUAAUAAUCGGAAUAAAGAAAGGCAUCAUCUCCAAUACCCGAGAAUGGCGCAAUAGGGACCAGAUUUCGUGCCAUCCGGAAUCAUUUAUAAAUGCCUGAAACCCCGGGAUUAUUUGUGAAAGUGAGAUACUACAGAUUAAUGGGACCAUGUCGUGGUACCUUUUUGGGCAAUUGCGUCCUGGACGCUCUUUCCUGGACCCACUACCUUCUUCUAAUUCUUAUAUCUUUGACUUUCCCGUGGGCUCAUUCAUGUUAAGUCUAGAAGACAUCAAACUCAUCUCAUUUCUCCAGUCCUCAAUACAUCUUUUUAAAUAUCAAUUCUCUUUCCUCUAUAAUUUCCUAGAAUCAAUCAGACCUGAAAUUCCGAUACCUUCUUACACCAUGGCCGCCGUUGCAUCCCCCAUUCUACCAUUCGACGACGUGGAACGUUUCGCAGUUUCCGACGAACUCGAUUCUUCAGCUAGUUUGCAAGCGCUUAUUCUCGACAGCAAGGCCCACAGCUCGAGCGAGGAUAGAUACCUGAUAGUUAGCCCGUAUGAUGAAAAACCUCAUUUACUCGAUCUCGAGACUUUAGAUACUCCAAACCAGUUGCUUGCUAGAGCUCUAGUUGGAUUGAAAUGUCUGAGAGAAGAUUAUGCGACUGCGCCAUACGUCGAGACUUUCAAUGUAUGUGUUUUGACCUAUCAAUCAGAAAGUGUGAUUGGAAGUUCGCUGACUUUUCUUUAGUGGCAAGAGAUUAUAGAUACCCUUCGAGAGCUGGCAAAAAAUUUCGACCAUAAGUGGAGAGAGGAAUCUUUCUAUAUUGUCGUCUUCAGAUCUCAGGUACCACCCGAAACUGUCGCCCACUACUCUGACCUUGGUGUCCUCGACAAAGCUGCACACGCGGAGGCAACUGAAAGUGGAGGAUUUCUUAAGUAAGUAUAAAUGCCCGAUACCCAUAGCAAAUGACUGAUGUUCUCUAGAUACUGGUUUGGUGUACCUGACAAGAACGGACGAAACCUGGCAACUUGUGUUUGGCGUAGUUCUCAAGAUGCCAAAAUUGGUAGCGUGGGUCCACACCAUCGCGCCGCGGCGAAUGCUGCUAGACACAUGUAUACGGAGUGGAAAAGUAAGCAAAUUCUAUGGCGAAAUUCGUGGGAAAUGCUUAUAAAAUCUUGUAGUCGAGCGAUUGAGACUCCUAGUGAAGGAUAAUGUCGAAGAAUGGGAGAUUGAACAAUGGGUCGAUUGAAAGAUAACAUCUCGUGCCUGAGUCUUUUUAGACAUGCCGAUCCCCGAGAUCCAUCGAAUGAAUAUCGCCAUUAUAAACUGGCCAGGCGUAGAAGGAGUUACCUAUGAUUUUCUAGACUUACUAGAAGUUUGCUUGUUUUCGAGAUACCACAAUAGAUAGACAAAAUAGAGACGAGGAUCGUUUUGAGAUUACCUAGAGCUCCCAUGUUCCUAGAGAGUUAUUGGUACUGUUAGCCCUAUAUAUAUUGAUCGUGAGAAUAUGAAAAGGUCCAAAAGUAUAUUGCAUAGAUGCAUAAUGAGGUUGAAUUCUCUGAACAUUAAUGCCAUCUGUGG